AAGCGCCAUCUCCGUGUUAUGGCGUCGCCAACUUGCGGCAUGCACGGCCUCGCCCGCCUUCCGUCAGAUCUCUGGGUGCUCAACCUCUCAGGCACUCUCACCGACGAGGAGACCAUGCGUCUGUCUGUCCUGGACGAGAGCUGCUUCGAGGCCAUCUGCUCGUCCACCCUCGUCAUCGGCCCGGCCGUCCCUCGGCUUCGGCGCGUCCUUCUGUGCUCCCAUGGGCCGAGAAGAUCAUCCUCGCAGUCGCCAAGGGCAAGACCAGCCUUGCGGCGGAUGUGCUGCAGUUCUUCAUCGACGCAAUGAGGCAGCACGGCGACAAGAUCAAGACCAUCAAGUCGGUCCAGUCGGCAUUUGACGAGAGGUCCAAUUACUGGGACGCUGGGAGGGCGGGCCUGCGGGGCGCGCCGCGGACGUUUCCGGCACUCACCGACAUCGACGUGGGGCUCGUGCCUGUGGUGCAGACAUUUCUGCAUUUCGACUGGAAGACACCCAACCUCAAGACACUCACGGCCAGGGUGCGCUGGCAGUGGCAGCCACUGCUGGACCUGGCCAGAGGUGGGUGGGUGGGCGGUUUCGAAGACGCGCUGAUCCAUCUGGUGGCCCACUCGCCCCUCAUCCGCCACAUUGGCGCAUUCCCUCUGGCCACACGGGUCUUCAGGGCGGCACUCGAGGCACGUGCAGACAGCCUGGAGGCGAUGGGCGACAUGGUCUUCAUCACACACGAUCAGGAGAUGGAGGGGGUCGUGGCGGGCCUGCCGAGCGUCCAGCCGCCGGCCACAAGCAAGCGCAUCGGCAUCUUCGACCGGAACCUGGCCUUUGAGUCGACCCUGCCGGCCUCAUAUAACCCGGCCGGACGGACAUUCUUGCAGCUGCUGGUCGAACUGCAAAAUCGCGGUACACACAGACACACACUACGGAUGGAGGGGUGGACCAUGAUAUGGCUGUGUUGUUGUUGCUGCCUUGAUGUCAGGUUACUGCGCGCUGCCGAAAGGGCGGGUUGUCGAGCUCAAGGGGGUCCCAGCAUCUGCUGACACGUGCCCCCCAGAGGUGGAGGGCUGCAUCCGCGACACCGUCAAGCGCGCCAUCUGCCAGACCGAGACCGUCGUGAUGAGCUACGGUGAAGGGUCGCAGCCCUGGGACGACUCCUGGGAGCUCACCGACUCGAGUGGCCGACUGAUCGUGUUCGACAAGACCAAGCAUCUCAUCAUCGAGUGCCUCGACACACUCCGUGGCUACGUCGGUCAUGAAGCGGUGAGUAAGGGCAGGGGGAUAGACACGCAUGCUUCCAUCCAUCCAUCCAUCCAUCCAUCGUGCAUUCCUCUCCCUCUCCCUUGCUAUCCGUCCCGUCUUGUAUCUAGAUUGCCGGUUGGACGGCUGGGGGCUGGACGAGGGUCGAGGUGCUCACCCUCGAGAGGGUCGAGCUGCAGAGCGUCAAGGACCACGUCUCUUUCCACAGCCACCGGUUCACGGCUGAGGGCAUCUACGAGAAGCCCCUCCCUCCUCAGCUCCCCAUGACGCAGCAGCAGGCGGCAGAGCAGGCGGCAUACGCAGCUACGGGUGUUCCCACGCCGGUGCGCCCUCCACCUCCCACGAACCACUACGUGCUGUCGGACCCCCUGCAGCGGCUGCUCAAGACCAUGCACCCACACUCCACACCGUCCGACUCAUCGACGUGCCCUGGUGAGUGAGUGGGUGGGCGCACACCUUGAGUCACCGUGAGACUUGUGUGGGUGUAUGUGGCGCAUUCAUUCAGGUGGGCGGCCUUUGACGCGUUUGUGUGUCUGUCUGAGGGCACGGUGGCUCAGCCAGGGGAGGGGGGCGACAAGCGUGUGUGUCUGGACGAGCUGGAGGUGCGGACAGAAGUGCAGGACAGCCCCCUGGUGGUGCCUGAGAAGGGCGGCGCCUUGUGGAGUGCCAUGCAAGAGCGCCUCUCGGUCGACCAACUCAGCAUGGACGUCAAGACAGAGGUGCGCUGGCUGCACUCAUAAUUAACAUUUUCCUCUGCCUUCUUGACCAAGUGUGUCCUUGUACUUUCACUUUUUCGAGCCUCUCACCCGUGGCUUCCCUUCCUACACGCCCGACCACUUUCGUGUGUACUACGGCCUCAUCCUCAUGCUACAGCCCAACACCGUCGUGCUCACCGUCAACACGUCGCUACGUGAGUGAGAAUCGACCCAUAAAGGCAUACUUGUAGAGAUUGCGUCCAUCUAUGUGGUCCGCAGAUGCCAAGCCGGUGCUCUCCUGGAGCGAUGGUGGAGCUGACAUCGAGCCUGACGAGGCCAAGUAUCCCUUCCUCAAGGCAUUCACCGGCGACAUCCGCAGGAGAUACCGCAUGUGCCACUGCGGGGCCAGGGGCGAUUAUCGAGGCCACACAAACUGGACGGACGGCCGGAUGGAUGUGGUGCUCAAGAGGCGCAGGCUGGGUGACCUCAGCGGGCUGGCGGCCGACAAGUAUGCCAUGCAGUAGCUCAAGUGCAUCAGCCACGUUUAGAUUUAUCCGUAUGUGUGUAGACUUGAUGGCUUUAUCAUCGUGUGCAUAGACCUCUAUCUGACGGUGACACUCGGCAUCCAUAUAUAUAUAGCAAUCCAUUUAAGCGUUCCUGCUGUGUCGUGCCGUCACGUUGGUGCACCCCAGAGACGGCCUCAUCCUGGCUGCCUAUGUUCAGGGUGCCAUGGGGGCCAGUGUUGCAUGAGAGCCAGAUGGGCAGAGAGAAACAUUUGAUAUGCCAUACACUCACUGGCCAGCUUACAUCCACAUGGUCAUUCACGUCAAAAUCCGAUGACGACAUGGAGCAGCACGACUAA